CGGCGAGUCAGGGCCCUACCGGACUCGGUGAUUUUGUUUUUUUCCGGCUCAGAGGGUGCCUCCUUCCUCCCUGAUUGGCCCUGGAGCUGGGCCAGGAGCCUGCGCCCUGCUUCUCCAGGAGACACUGGCAGCCCUGGCCCUUUCUCCUCUACUCGCAAAGAUGACGCUCGCCAUCCUGGCCCUGCGGCUGGUGGUGUGCACCCUGGCGCUUCCCAUGUUUUUGCUGAAUCUGCUAGGCGUGUGGAGCUGGGUUUGUAAAAAGUGCUUUCCCUACUUCCUGAAGCGGUUCACCGUGAUGUACAACGAGCAGAUGGCGAGCAGAAAGCGGGAGCUCUUCAGCAAUCUGCAGGAGUUUGCAGGCCCCUCUGGGAAGCUGUCCCUGCUGGAGGUGGGCUGUGGCACCGGGGCCAACUUCAAGUUCUAUCCCCCCGGGUGCAGGGUCACUUGUAUCGACCCCAACCCCAACUUUGAGAAGUUCUUGUUCAAGAGCGUCGCAGAGAACCAGCAGCUGCAGUUCGAGCGCUUUGUGGUGGCGGCCGGGGAGAACAUGCACCAGGUGGCCGAUGGCUCUGUGGAUGCGGUGGUCUGCACCCUGGUGCUGUGCUCAGUAAAGAACCAAGACAAGAUUCUGCGCGAGGUGUGCAGAGUGCUGCGGCCGGGAGGGGCCUUUUACUUCAUGGAGCAUGUGGCGGAUGAACCGUCCACCUGGAAUUACUUCUGGCAACAGGUCCUGGAUCCUGUCUGGUUCCUUGUUUUUGAUGGAUGCAAUCUGACGAGAAAGAGCUGGAAGGCCCUAGAGCGGGCCGGCUUCUCCAAGCUGAAGCUGCAGCACAUCCAGGCCCCAGUGUCCUGGACUUUGGUGCGGCCCCAUAUCUACGGCUAUGCCGUGAAAUAGGUUGAGGUGGUGGAGAUAUCUGCUCUGCCAGUUUGAGGCUUCUAUCUUACAUGUAAAAUUCCAACUGGGAGAGGGAAAAAUAAAUUUCAUCCCUACAGGUUUCUGUGUAGCCAUUUUCUAGAUUGUUUCCCAUCAAAUCAAAACCAAAUCAAAACAGCUUUGAACUCUCCCUCCAAAGGGACCAAAGGUCUCUUAGGCCUUUGAUAAGGAAGCAUUGGGGAAAACUUACAGCUAGCAAACCAAAUAAAAUAAUCCCAGUUGAGUGAAAAUCCAUGGUGGACUAACAGGAACACACCCUUCCCUCCUGAAUCCCAGUAAAAGGAAUCAGAAGGCACUCGCUAUCCCGGUCACUACUCUGCUUUUGCUGCCGCCUGUGCUCUGGCCAGUGGCUCUCUGUCCUUCGGCUCAGGGUUUUGUCAAUGCCUGCUGCACUGUCCUGCACACGGCAGCUUUUAUAAGUGCACCUGACACACCAGCAUCAUCACAGAACUGCACAGAACGGUUGGGAAUUCUUCGUUUAAUUUCCCAUCUUAUCUAGCACACACUUUGCUGAAUAUAAUUACCAUAGGCAGGGGAGGGCCACUACAGGUAGGGAAAUGGGUACAGUAUGUGGAGGACCCUAAAAGUAAUCCAUGAGAGAAGUCAGCAAGGACUAGGGAUUCUUCUGAUCAAAUAUCACUGGUCCCGAGUGGGUGUGGUGGCACAAUUUGAUCCCAGUACUCAGGAGGCAGAGGCAGAGGCAGGUGAAUCUCUGUGAGUACAACCUGAUCUAGUUCCAGGACAGCCAGGGCUACACAAAGAAGCCCUGUAUUGAAGAAAAAAAUUUUCCACUGGUCCUGAAAUGAAAUCAUGGAUGUCAUUGUGUCCAUACAGAGAGUAAGUCUAGGUGGACACAAGGGUUUCAGCUGCAUUUGUAUGCAUCUAAACAAAUGUAUAUUUUCCACGAUGAUUUUGCAGAAGUUCUGUUUUAAAUAUUAAUAAAUUCAUAUUCAUUUAAUAAACGAAAAUAAAUGGUUUCUA